UUGUGCCAUUAUUGUAUACACCCUACCACAAUCCCUUUAAACGGGUUGCUCACCUCUGUCCCAUCCAUCAGUCUUCGGGUGCGCGUUUGCCUUUGCUCGCUCGCUGUCUCUGUCUCGCGCUUGCCCUCUCCCGCAAUUAAACCGAGCGAGUUCGGCCCGAAGCCCAGCGUACCGAAGCGGCCAGCACAAUCUCCGGCGGGUAGUGCGGCCAGACAUCCGUGCCGUGCGUUUUAAAUCGCGUUCAAAUCUUCCGACCGGACGGUGUGCGUGCUUUGGGUUCGUCCCGCUGGUUUGUGGCAGAUGACACUUGUGACUUCGCGAUCGCGCAAACUGUUUCGAAAAAGGACGCACGGCCCCAAUCGUUUCCAUUGCGCUGUGCAAAGGUUCCCAGGAGAAAUAAAAAAAUAACCGCAUAGUGUGUUACGUCAGCUGAAUGAGUGAGUGGAAAGGUGAGAAAACCAACAGCAACAACAACAACAGAAAGGAAAAUCCAAAUUUUGCCGGUUCAAACGCGGAAGCAACAUUUAAGAGAAACGGUACCUAAUUCUGCACUGAAAAAAGUGCUCUAGUGUUCUUGGUGAAGUUUACAAACGUAAAUAAUAUUGUGCAAGUUUCUGUGUGAGUGCAUCAGUGGUCCUUAAAAAAAUACCACCCAAACCGCCCAAGGUUGUGGCCGACAAGUGACGAAGAAGCGAGAGGCAUCUUCUUUGAAGAAUGUUUGUGAAGGAAGCAAAACGGUGCUAAAAUUGCAAAUGCAAGCAUCCGAGCGUGAAAGGCAUCGGAACGCCAGUCCUUGGGCCAGUAUAUCCUGGUGACCCGAUUUAAAACCGAGCGCCCCCUGUACGACCGCGAGGGGAAUUUGAAUUGCAAACAAACGUGUGAAGAGCCUCGCGGCGCCGCGCUCCGUUGAACGGUCGGUUGGAACCAAACCGACCAGCCUUGAGCAACAGGCAGCGAAGAAGGAGAGGAGAGUCGCAGAGAGCUGCGGAGUGCAAAAGAGUGUCAUUGUGGUGGCCAAGUGCUUUCUCUCUUGCUCUGUGAUUGUGUCUACGAGUGUGUGUGUGUGCGCGCGUGUGUGUAUGUGUUCCUAAGCUGGACACAGGAUCCACUGUGUCUUGUGUCUGUGUAGUGUGAAGGCAGCACAACACAAUCCCAGAUGCUAACCGUCCACGUGUUAAUGUAAUCCUUCAUUCGUGUGUUUCUGUUUGCGUGUGUGCGUGGCCGUCCGUUCGUGCGUGCGUGCCACGGCCUUGUGUGUGUGUGCGCGCGUGUGUCGGCAAUGUGGUGCGGCAGGUGCGACACCGCCAGUUCACAAUCGAGCGAGGAUCGCGGCCGCCUGCCGUCGACCAGGCGCUCCGCCACGGUGUGUUGCUUGCCCGCGGUCCUAUGCUACGGCCUGCCGAAUGCAACCUGCGCGCCCCGCCACCCAGUACUGCACUAUUGAAGAAGCAAACACAAAACCCACGAGAAAGAAAGUACAAUGAGGCCAAAUAAAUACGAUGGUAUCACAGCUAACCGUCUAUGCCAAGAUUUUGUGCCUCCUGAUGACAUUAUUCAGUGCAGGAGCAUCAACGGGGAACGACCAACAUCUGCAAUCAGCGUGCAAUCUAAAGUUUCUACGUGCCAAAAACGGUUCCGUGUUCGCCGACGACAACUUGGAGAAUGGUCAACCACAGAUUUUCAGUGUCGUUGCCACGAAAAUACGCGACAAUCGGGUUGCCGUGACGAUCUACUCCAAAGAGACGAAUUCGUACAUCUGCUUCGACAAAAACUGGCGCACCAAGGCGAUGCGUGCCAAAGGGAACAUCUCCAAGCGGUGCAUGUUUAUCGAGAACAUCGAAAAAUCGGGCGCCAUCCGGUACCGGUCGGUGGUCAACAAGAACCGCUCCCUCGGCUUCCAGAAGAACGGUAAACCGAUCGGGCCUGCGCGGGCCGGCAGCCGGAAGCGACCGAUCGACGAGCGGUGCUACACCUUCAACCCGUCCGAUGUGGGCACGAAGCAUCCGGACGUACUGUCGCAGCCACCACCAGCACCACCAUCAUCAUCACCACCACCACCACGGAAGCAGGAAGCGAAUCUUCCAUCACGUCCACAGCCACCGCCACCGCCGUCACCACCACUACCGCCACAGCCACGCCACCGGCACCAUCGGCAGCAGGACGUCGCGUCGCGCAAGGAUGCGUCGGUCGGGGAGGCGAACGCCAGCGGCAACUCGCUGCUAGCGGCCGGGCCGUCGCCCGACCAGCACCGACAGUCGCCGACGAACCGGCACCGGCACAAACACGGGCUGGUCGGUCGGACGGGUGGUGGCAAGAACCACCAGCACCAGCACCAACACCAGCAGGCAGCAACAGGACACCCGAAUCUCGAUACUGGCGCGAGCGGAGCGAUCGCGCCCACCCUGUCCUCGCUGUACGGCGCCAUGCUGGACGACCGUGGUUCGCUGGUGCGGGCCUACGGCAAGGGUACGCACCGCCGUAGCCACCUCAACUCGUACGCGUCCGCCCCGGGCGAACUGGCGGCACCGUCGCUGCCCGCCGCCAUCGUCACCAAGCUGCCGCCAAAGGUGGCGGGGGCAGGAGCGCCCGCCGGCAGUGGCAGCCUGCUGCUGGACGUCGUCGGCCAAGGGGGACUCUUCCGCAAGGAGCCGGCCAAUGGUCGCAGCCAGGCGGGAGGAGGAGCAGCAGCAGCAGCAGCAGCGAGUGGGCGGAAAAAGUCGGCCGUCAGGAACGCGCCACCCUCCAGCAAGCAGCAGGGAGCGAGCACGCGAGGGAGAGACAAAAGGGCGUCGGGUUGAGCAGCCGCCCACCCGACUCAACCGAAAACCCACCCACCAUCCCCGUUCUCACCGCCUCAUCCUGCGCCUUUGCGAGGGGAUGGCCCCACCUUUACAACAACAACAAACAACAAAAACCCGCUUGUUGGAGCUUUAGCCCCAUUUUCUCUAUUAGUGUUCACACACACACACACACGCACACACGCACAGGAGCAGGACAGGAAGGAAGCAGCGAACCGUGACCGAUUCGGAGGGAGUGUGUGUGUAUGUGUGAGAGAGAGUGUUUGUGUGUAAAACGAAGAAUGGUUAGCAUAUUACUAUAUUAUUAUUAUAUUAAUAUUAUUAUUAUGAUUAUUAAUAUUAUUAUUAUUAUUAAAAUUAUGCUAGGUAUGCUAAGUAUGAUAAUAUAUGUAUACACACCCACACACACACACAUACACACACAUACACAGACAGACAGACACACACACACGCACCUGCAUGUAAUAUUAUAGUUUUGUGACGUUCCAAUGGGGUUUUAAGCCUUCCUCUUUAGUGUGUAGAAUAGAGAGAGAGAGAGAGAAACAGAGAGUAAGUGUGUGUGUGUGUGUGUGUGUGUGUGUAAAUGUAUGAUUUAGGGCACGACAAGUUUAUACUUCCUUUUCUUCUUGUGUAACGUGAUCUAUUUUGCAAGGUUCGUUUAAAUAGGCCGUUAAUCGAGCGAUAAGAUGCUUGUGUGACGGGAUGAAUGAUAGACAGGCGUACACACACAAACACACACACACGCACACGCGCGUGCACAUUGCCAUAAAAAACCUCCAAACCAUACUCCACCUAUUUGCAAGAGUGGGUGGGACAACACAAAGGUUCAGUGCAAUUGAGUGAGGCGUGUAUGGUGUACGGCAUCAAAUCCAAAGGACGAACGCGCACACACACACACACACCGAGGGGCACACGAAGGGCCAGGGAGGACAAAAAGCAAGCAGGGGGGGAGCAAAUUGAAAUGGGCCAUUUUUUAGGUGAAAAAAGCUACAAAAAACACACACACACACAAACACGAUUGCGUUCAAGCUUUAAUUUUGCGCAUCGGUAGCCUCUCUAUUGUAAUUGUUUUUCCUUUUUUAUUUAGAAGCUUUUUUUAAAGAAACCCCCAACAACAGUACCGGUCUUGAGCGGUUUUCCACGAGCCUUUGUAGCCCUUUUUCUCCUUAGUAUAGCGGCAAGGAAGGAAAAAGAAAAUUUUGCAAAUUUUGUUUAUUCCAUUUGCCUUUUGAUAACGUCAACAGAAAAAUAUUAAAAAUAAUUAAAAGACAAACGAAACGGAACAAAAUAAUUAAAGCGCACAGUAGCGGGGAACAAAACCCCAACAAAGUGGGCAGAUGUGAGGCAGGUUUUUGGGGGCAGGAGCGUCCAUGUGGCCGUUAGCGUUGCAACGGCUCUGCAAUAAAUUGUGCCAUGAGAGAAAGAGGAAGUUGAACUGCAAAUGAUAGAAGGGAAGGGAAUGAUAAGGAUUGAAAAGAAAAAAAAGAAGCUAUUUGCUUCAUCCUCCACUUUCAUUAUUGACAAUAGAAAGCUAGAUAGAGCGCUGUGCGUGUGUGUAUGUGUGUG